AGUCCUCCACCAUCUACCCUCACGUAUCACUCCUUUUUUCCCUGGAUGCUUUAAUAUUCUUCUAGUAUCAUGAGAAGGACCCAGCAAAGGACGUACAUGGAUACCUGAACCAAUUAAGACCAGACGUCACUGCUUCAGCUUUUUCACUACUGGGCAUCCAGCAGCUCCAGAGUUUGUGGACUUGUUCAGAUCAAAAUGGACUUUUAGACUAAUCAAGAAACAUCUUCUUUUCACCCUUUUUUCACUUUAUAUCACAUUUUGUAGCCAAUGUAGGCUUUGUCCUAGACUUUGUCCUGGUUCAUUUUCAAUUUUACAGUAAGUACAUUUCUUAGAUUUGAUAUAAGACUUUCAACUUUUCUUCAGUAACUGAACAUCGUUUGCAUAGCUGUCUUUUAUUUUGUCUUUAUUUGUGAGCCAGGCAUCUUUCUUACUUUUCUUGAGUGACUUUUCUUAAUAGUUUUGAUUCAAUAGACAAUUCCUGUUCUCAGUCAUCCAGCCUGGAUUUACAGUAGGACCUACACUUUCAUCCACGGUCUCUGAACCAGUCCUAUUUUUUCCUUACCAAUCCCUCAAAACUACUUCAACGGUCAGUCACUCCUCCAUCCAGGGCUAUGAGAGGAAGAGACAAGACCCAGCUCACAUCAACAUGCAGGAGUUGAGGAGAGAAAAUGGGAGUUGGGCUGGCAAUGUUCAAGGGACUGUAUCUUCACUCCUCCGCCAUGCUUGUCAGCCUCCACCUCUCCUCUUCUCCUUUCUCCGACUGUCGCGUCCUGUCUUUCGUCUCCCUGGCUUCUUCCUCCAAACCGCCCCUCUCCCUCUCGCUCCUUCUCCUCUCUCUCUUCUUCUUCCCCACCUGCGAGUCUCGCCGUGGAGGUGGGAUCGGGACGCCCAUCGGAGGCAUGAGCGGCGGCGACCGCAGCCAAGCGAUAAUCAGUCCUCCUCAUUAUCCUCCACCAGGAGUCAAUCCAGUGGGUCCUCCUUUGCCACCAAAGUUUGCUCAAGGCCUUAGCAUCGCAGUGAUCCUUGUGGGAAACUCCAGCGAGGGGUCCCUCUCUGAAGGUCUGGAGAAAGAGGACUUCCUCCACGUGCCUCUCCCUCCGAAAGUCGAAUUAGUCACGAUGAACGAAACCGACCCCAAGAGUAUCAUAAACCGCAUCUGUGCUCUGAUGUCACGGAACUGGCUCCAGGGUGUGGUGUUUGGGGACGAUACCGAUCAGGAGGCCAUCGCCCAGAUAUUGGACUUCAUCUCAGCUCAGACGCACAUCCCCAUCCUGGGCAUCCGUGGAGGCUCUUCCAUGAUCAUGGCAGCCAAGGAUGACCAUUCCAUGUUCUUCCAGUUUGGUCCCUCUAUAGAGCAGCAAGCCUCUGUCAUGCUUAACAUAAUGGAGGAAUAUGACUGGUACAUAUUCUCCAUCGUCACCACCUACUACCCUGGAUACCAGGACUUUGUCAAUCGGAUCCGGAGUACCGUCGAGAACAGUUUUGUUGGCUGGGAGCUGGAAGAGGUGCUGCUGUUGGACAUGUCAGUAGAUGAUGGUGACUCAAAGAUCCAGAACCAGAUGAAGAAGCUCCAAAGUCCUGUUAUACUACUGUACUGCACAAAAGAAGAAGCCAUGACCAUUUUCGAGGUGGCCCAUUCUGUCGGCCUCACUGGUUAUGGUUACACCUGGAUCGUACCAUCUCUGGUGACAGGGGAUGCAGAUAAUGUACCCAGCGUCUUUCCAACAGGUUUGAUCUCUGUUUCCUACGAUGAGUGGGACUACGGACUGGAGGCUCGAGUGCGUGAUGCUGUAGCCAUAAUCGCCAUGGCAACCUCCACAAUGAUGCUGGAUCGGGGUCCUCACACGCUGCUUAAGUCUGGAUGCCACGGCACACCUGACAAGAAAGGCAGCAAGUCAGGAAACCCCAACGAGGUGCUGAGGUACCUCAUGAAUGUGACAUUUGAAGGGCGCAACCUCUCCUUCAGUGAGGAUGGUUUUCAGAUGCACCCAAAGUUGGUUAUUAUACUGUUAAAUAAGGAGAGGCAGUAUGAAAGGGUCGGUAAAUGGGAGAAUGGGUCUCUGACAAUGAAGUACCACGUGUGGCCACGGUUUGAGAUCUACUCGGAUGCUGAGGAGCGGGAGGACGACCACCUGUCCAUUGUUACGCUGGAGGAGGCUCCAUUUGUUAUUGUGGAGGAUGUUGACCCCCUCAGUGGCACCUGCAUGAGAAAUACAGUGCCGUGCAGAAAACAGCUCAAACUCCUAAAUCAGACAAGAGAUUCAGGGAUCUACAUUAAACGUUGUUGCAAGGGCUUCUGUAUAGACAUCCUCAAAAAGAUUGCCAAGUCUGUAAAAUUCACCUACGAUCUCUACCUGGUGACCAAUGGGAAGCACGGCAAAAAGAUAAACGGCACAUGGAAUGGCAUGGUUGGAGAGGUGGUGUUGAAGAAUGCCCACAUGGCAGUGGGGUCCCUGACCAUUAAUGAAGAGAGGUCAGAGGUCAUUGACUUCUCUGUGCCCUUCAUAGAGACGGGAAUUAGUGUCAUGGUCUCUCGUAGCAAUGGCACAGUGUCACCUUCUGCCUUUUUAGAGCCCUUCAGCGCUGAUGUCUGGGUAAUGAUGUUCGUUAUGCUGUUGAUAGUUUCAGCUGUGGCUGUCUUCAUUUUUGAGUACUUCAGUCCUGUUGGCUAUAAUCGCUGCUUGGCAGAUGGACGAGAGCCUGGCGGUCCUUCCUUCACCAUUGGAAAAGCUAUUUGGCUACUUUGGGGUUUGGUCUUCAAUAACUCUGUGCCCGUGCAGAACCCCAAAGGCACUACUAGCAAGAUCAUGGUCUCGGUCUGGGCCUUCUUCGCUGUGAUUUUCCUGGCCAGCUACACUGCCAACCUGGCCGCAUUUAUGAUUCAAGAGGAAUAUGUGGACCAGGUGACUGGCCUGAGUGAUAAAAAGUUUCAACAUCCGAAUGACUUCUCCCCUCCAUUCCGCUUUGGUACUGUGCCCAAUGGCAGCACAGAGAGAAACAUAAGGAACAACUACAAAGAGAUGCACUCCUAUAUGACCAGCUUCCACCAGAAGAACGUAAACGAGGCCCUCCACAGCCUGAAGUCGGGUAAAUUGGAUGCAUUCAUCUACGACGCAGCGGUCUUGAACUACAUGGCCGGACGUGAUGAAGGCUGUAAACUGGUGACCAUCGGCAGUGGUUAUAUCUUUGCUACUACAGGGUAUGGCAUUGCCAUUCAGAAAGACUCAGGCUGGAAGAGGGCAGUGGACCUCGCCAUUCUGCAGCUCUUUGGAGAUGGUGAGAUGGAGGAACUUGAGGCCCUGUGGCUGACUGGCAUCUGCCACAAUGAGAAAAAUGAGGUGAUGAGCAGUCAGCUGGAUGUAGACAACAUGGCAGGUGUGUUCUACAUGCUGGGAGCUGCAAUGGCCCUGUCCCUAAUCACAUUCAUCGCAGAGCACCUCUUCUACUGGCAACUGCGAUUCUGCUUCAUGGGUGUGUGCUCAGGCAAGCCCGGCUUCACCUUCUCGAUCAGCAGGGGCAUCUACAGUUGCAUCCAUGGUGUUCAGAUUGAAGAGAACAAAUCAGCCCUUAACUCACCAUCGGCCACUAUGAACAUGAGCAUGAACAACACCCACUCCAACAUUCUCCGUUUGUUGCGUACUGCCAAAAACAUGACCUCUGUGCCUGGGGUCAAUGGUUCACCUCGCAGCGCAUUGGACUACAGCCAUCGUGAGUCAGCCGUUUAUGACAUCAGUGAACACCGGCGCAGCCUAGCAGGCCACACAGACUGCAAGCCUCCACCAUACCUGCCAGAGGAUAACAUGUUCAGCGACUAUGUAAGCGAAGUGGAGAGGACUUUUGGGAAUUUGCACCUGAAGGACAGCAACCUGUACCAGGAUCAUUACCUACACCACCAUGGGGGCACGGGAUCCGAACUGGCUCUCGAUAAGGUGAACCAGAACCCAUUCAUCCCAACCUUCGGCGACGACCAGUGUCUAUUACACGGCGCCAAAUCAUACUACAUCAAAAAGCAGCAGGCACAGCAGCAGCAGCAACAGAUGCCACAACAGCAGCAGCAGCAACAGCUCCUCAACAACAGUCGGGCUGACUUCCGGGGCUCCAUGGGGGUGACUUCCUAUUUGCCUGCCUCCGCAACUUCUGGGGUGUUGUCCAAUGUGGCCCCUCGGUUCCCCAAGGAGCUAUGUCUGGGCGGGCCUCUUGGCAACCACCACGGUGGAGGACCUAGCAACAACAAGCUGCUGUCAGCAAGGGAUGGGUUAGGAAUGGGUCAAGGACAGAGACCGUUUAAUGGCUCGAGCAACGGACAUGUUUACGAGAAGCUUUCCAGUAUAGAGUCUGAUGUCUGAAGAGGGGAGUCAGAAACAGAUAGAAAUGCAGAAAAGAAGCCAACGGACAUGCGGAAUGAUGAUUGAGAGAAAACUGAUGAAAAGGCAGUGUGUAAUUAGUUCCUUCAUGCUCACAAAAAGAAGAGGAAACCGUAUGUGAGGAACUGACUCAUGCUUUCAUUAAGUUAUGCGGAUCAUGCGCUGCCAAGCAUACGUAUGUAAAUAGAGCGAGGGGACCUGCCCACUGUCGAAAAGUUGAGAUUAGGGGGAAAAACCUGUUUAUUCCUCUCUUUUAUUCUCAUGUUUUUUGUAUAUCCCACUAUUUUCCUGCUCCGAACAUCAAAAUUGCAGCCAAUCCAGAUGGAGACAACCAUGUACAAUCCUUUGUACAAUUGUG